AUGGAAAGAGUAGAUGACGGCCAAAUCAAGCUGCAGCAGCAGCAACAACCGCCAUGCAGUGACAACUUCAGAUUGGCCGCCGCCGCCUUCUCAUGGCCGCCGGCGCCGCCGCCACAGGUAAGGUCGUCGCCCUUGUCGUCGUCGUCCUACACCUGCGGGUAUUGCAAGAAGGAGUUCAGGUCAGCACAAGGGCUGGGAGGCCACAUGAACGUCCACAGGUUGGACAGGGCCAGGCUGAUCCACCAGCAGUACAUGUCACACCGUGUUGCUCCCCCACCCAACCCUAACCCUAGUUGCACAGUUCUUGAUCUUGGGCUCAGCUUGUCGUCGCUGCUAGCGCGCGGCGGCGCUGCCGGCAGCGAUGGAGGCCUGCCAGCUGUUCCAUUAGAAAAGCUGGGCAACCGUUUCUCCUCGACAUCGUCCGCCGCGACUAACGACUACUCCGAGGGGAAGAACUUGGAGUUGAGGAUGGGAGCGUGCAGCCAUGGCGAUGGCACGGAAGAACGUCUGGAUCUUCAGCUUAGACUGGGCUACUCCUCAGUCAGACAGAGGAACUGCUAG